CAAUUUAGUCCAUUCUCUCUAGCUCUCGUUUUCUCUAACUUGGCCUCUUCUUUUUCUUCAAUAGAUUUUUUGUUCAAAUUUUUUUUCAAUAAUUAAAUAUUAAUAUUUUUCAAUCAAUUGAUGUGAUAAAACGAAACAAUUUACCUCCACCGUCUGAUAUGGCGGGGAAGACGGCGAUGAUGAUGAUGAUCACCUUCUGGCUUUCGGAGCACCCAUCAAUAGUCGGGUUCCGGUGGAGUCACACCCAAUCAUGGGGCUCCACGUGGUCAUUCCUCUUCACCGCAAUCGCCUUCUACCUCACCCUAUCGCUCCUCCUCCAUCUCCUUCUCACUCUCUUCCACAACCGUCCGAUUUCCCUCGGACCAAUCCCAGCCGUCCACAGUCUCACCAUGGCUCUAAUCUCCGCCACUAUCUUCGCCGGAAUCCUACUCUCCGCCGCCGCUGAGAUCCGCGAUACGCGCUGGUCCUGGCGCCGAUCCAAACGAACGCCUCUCCAAUGGCUCCUCUGUUUCCCUCUCGGAACCCGUCCCUCCGGUCGGGUCUUCUUCUGGUCCUACAUAUACUACCUCUCCCGAUUCCUUCACAUGCUUCGAACGCUCUUCUCAAUUGUACGACGUCGUAAGCUCUCCUUCUUCCAGCUCCUCAACAACUCAAUCCUCACCUUCAUGGCCUUCGUCUGGCUCGAGUUCUCCCAAUCGUUUCAGGUCCUCGCCAUACUCUCCACCACGCUCGUCUACGCCGCCGUAUACGGUUACAGGUUCUGGACCGACGUUGGGCUCCGCGGCGCGUGCUUCCCGUUUGUCGCCAACUGCCAGAUCGCACUACUAGGCUGCAACGUCGCCUGCCACGUUGGCGUAUUGCUCUUGCAUUUCAUGAAGGGUGGUUGUAACGGAAUCGGCGCGUGGGUUUUAAACGCCGUGCUGAACGCCGUAAUACUUCUGCUGUUCUUAAACUUUUAUGUGAAAAUGUACACAGGGAAGAAGAAGAAGACGACGUCGAUGAUGAGGGAGAUUGUUGGGCCUGAUGGGCCUGGGCCUGUCGGUUUGGUUCGGUGUGAGCCCGUGGUUCUGUCUUAUUCAGGUUUGGGUGGAGUCCAUGAAGUAAGCAAUAAAGAGCUGUGAUGUGAUUCAAUUUAGGUAUUAGUAUAAUAAUUAACUGCGGUUUUUGUGUGUUUAACCUGUAAUCUCUAGAAAACUAAAUUGUACACAAACAAAUAUACAUAUAAUUAAGUAGAGUUUUUUAUAUAUAUAUAUAUAUAUAUUAUAAUUGUAAAUCUGCUUUUUGAGUUUUGAGAUUAGACAACAUUCUUCAA